CCUCCGGGCCAUGGCCGCGCACCGGGAGCUGCUGCUGCUCCUCCUCGCCGCCGCGGUCAUCGCGGCCCUGGCCGCCGUCGCGUCCGCCGACGACGCCAAGCCGACCAUCCUGACCCCCGUGGCGCAGACCCCGCUGGGCUCCUUCGACGGCGACACGCCGGCCUCCGACGACGACUCCGUGGACGACGACGACGACGCCGCGCCCGUCGGCGCGCCCACCGGCGCCACCAUGACCGAGCCCAAGCCCGAGCUCAUCUCCCCGCCCGGCACCGAGGCUACAGCUGGCGGCGCCGCCGCCAGCGGCGCGCCCGCCGACCUCGGGGUGCUGGCGGCCCGCGUGGGCGCCGUCGCGGCGGUCGCCGCAGGAGUCUUCGCCUUCUGAUCGAUCGAGGCACUCUCCGGAGCGAUUGGAGAUUGAUUUCAUUUUAUGCAUGCGUUGUGAUGGGUUGCUGGGACUGGGAAUGAGCAAAGCCGACACCCUCUGCGUGUCUAG